AUGGAUGAUUCUUCAGAUGAUGAAAGUUUUUACAUUACACAAUCUUCGACUGGAAGGAGAAGCGCAACGACAGAUAUCGACGAUCAUUUGUUUGAUACGACAACCCUGUUCGACGAUGGACAAUUGCAAAAUGCAGUCACCGGUAAAAAUACCGAAAAGACAGUGGCCGUGACGAGCUUUGAUUUGUUUGAAGGUAGGUUACUGAAUUUUACAAAGUAUUUAGUUUUCCUGUUCAGUUCUAGCAUACUAAUCGAAGGUGAUCGUUUUCGUCUAGAUGGAGAGAUUGAUGGUGAAUUGUUUGAAGCGGCAAGUCUUUUCGACAGUGAAAAAGCACGACAUACAGAGAAGAAUAAAGAAAUUCAAAAUGCAGGGGCCGCUAAGAGAUUUGAAUCACUUCAAGGUAGGUUGGUGGGUUUUACUGUAUUAUUCAUUUUACUGUUCUGUUCUAAGGUAACAAAAGUUCUUUAUAUUUUCGUGUAGGAAAAAGAUUUCGAAAACCAAUAACUUCUUCAAAGUGCGAAAGGUUCGGGCAAAGUUGGACAUCUGAGGCUAGUCGAAAGAAGUGGUGUUGGGUAUUGAGAACCUUCGAAGAAUGGGGAGCCGCAAGAAAUCAUGCCGUGUCUUCUAACAAUGAAAGCUAUGACGACGAACCACUGGUCAACGCAAGUUUAGAGGAAAUGUCUGACGAACAGUUGGACUUUUUCCUUGCAUGUUUCGUCGCAGAAGUGAGAAAGACAGAUGGCGCUGAAUACCCUGGGAGAACUAUAUAUGAAAUGAUAAGUAGUAUUCAGGCUUAUUUACGUGUUGAGUGUAAGCGUAAUGUAAAUUUAAUUGACAAAACAGCUCGUGUAUUUAGAAAUUUAAACUCGGCGUUAAAUUUUGUAAUGAAAGAAAGAGCCGGGCAGGGUAUUGGGGUGGAGACAUCGCAAGCUAAAUUUAUUACGGAAGAACAAGAAAAUUAUUUGUGGGAACAUGGCUUUUUAGGUUGCACGAACGCAGCGUUGCUUAGAGAUACUGUAGUUUUUGUGUUCGGCUUACAAUUUGCUUUAAGAGCUGGGCAAGAGCACAGAAACUUGAGGCGUGAAAACUCGCAACUUUCCCUACAAGUUGACGAAUUCGGUGAUGAAUUCUUGCAAUAUAACGAGGAUAUCAGCAAAACUAACAACGGUGGAUUGGCCCAUUUGCGUACUAAACGCAAAGUUGUUCGGGCAUAUAGGAAUUUAAAAAAUCCAGAGCGUUGUCCGGUUGAGCUCUACAAGAAAUAUUUAUCUCACGUUCCCACAACUACGAGCGAUAACGCGUUUUAUUUGUGA